AUGGCAGAGCCCCUCGCUGAUACCCCACCACUCUCCUCCUCUGCCUCUGCCUCUGCCUCUCCAUCUCCCUCUCCCUCUCCCGCUUCUUCUCCUUCCCCCUCUCCCGUAUCCCUAAAGCGCAAACGCGCUCCCUCUGACGCACAACCUCUUACCCCGCCACUGUCGGCCGACGACCCCAAGGGAACACAUCUUCUGUCGCGUGCCGUCCACGUUCUUUCAACCGCCGCUACUGCGCUGUCACAAGUUACUUUCUUGUACCAGUCAGACCAUGUAGCCCGCCAUGGUCUGCUUCAGGCAGUCGAAGUCAUUACCAAAAAUAGCGAGGCAGGAGGCAAACUCAUAGUUUGUGGCGUUGGGAAAAGCGGCCUCGUAGGGCGCAAGAUUGUCGCAACCAUGAAGAGCCUAGGAAUUGCGAGUUCCUUCAUGCAUGCCGCCGAGGCACUACAUGGAGACCUCGGCGACAUCAGGAAGAAUGAUGCUGUCAUGUUCAUAUCCUACUCUGGCAAAACUGCGGAGCUGGUCGCUCUUCUGGAUCACAUACCCUCCCACACGCCCAUCCUCGCCAUUACAUCACACACCAAGCCCUCGGAAUGUCCGAUUCUUCGAAAUAGACCAUGCUCGAUACUACUGCCUGCCCCCAUCCACGAGCUAGAAGAGGUGUCCUUUGGCGUUUGUGCGCCAACCACCAGCACAACCGUGACAAUUGCGGUCGGCGACAUGCUUGCACUGACAAUCGCCGAGGCAAUGCACCAAGAGGAUACCAAGGUUGUUUUCAGGCGGAAUCACCCUGGCGGUGCAAUUGGCGCAAAGACGAGGCGGAUAGAGGAGGAAACUGAUACCCAAACCAACAAGUGCACUGGAUUAGUGACGCCGCCAGCGUCAUGA